UGGGAAGGAGGGAUCAGUGGCGUGGUGCACUGAGAGUGUUGCGUUGGUUUGUCAGACGCCUCAACUAAUAUAAAACGUUUUCUUUUUCAGUCCGUAACCAAAAUAUGCGGGCAAAGGGCGUAAUAGUUUUAACACUGUGGCCGAUUGAGAUGAUUAGAGUCUGAGUUCGGAAGACAUCUUUGGGAUUUCAAAAUUGCAUUCCAAGGUAACAGCAUUUGUGGGCAGGUAGGGAAGUAGCCUUCCGGAAGAACUCGCGAUACAGGUUGGCAGUUUGCAUACGGCACUCGUAAAGUAAGUUUUGAAACAAGUUUUUAAUCAAAUACAGAAGGAAAAAUGACGGAAUUUAGAAAAAAGAAGCUGUAUGUCUUCGUGGACGUGCUGUGCGUGGUAGUGGCGGCACUGCCUUUCCUCAUUAUGACCGUCGUUUUCCGGCCCUACCAGAGGGGUGUGUACUGUGACGAUGAGGACAUCAAGUACCCCUUCAAACACGACACCAUCACCCACGGCCUGCUGGCUGCAGUCACCAUCUCCUGCACCGUCGUCAUCCUAGCAUCAGGAGAGGCCUACCUGGUCUACAGUAAGAGGAUUCACUCUAACUCUGAGUUCAACGGGUACGUGGCGGCGCUCUACAAGGUGCUAGGUACCUUCCUGUUCGGAGCAGCUGUCAGCCAAUCACUGACAGACCUGGCUAAGUUCACCAUUGGACGCCUGCGGCCCAACUUCAUGGCCGUCUGCAACCCCAAGGUCUGCAAAGGCUACAUGCUGGAUAUCAACUGCACCGGCAACUCUCAUGACGUCACUGAGUCCAGGUUGUCCUUCUACUCCGGCCACUCCUCCUUUGGGAUGUACUGUAUGCUGUUUCUAGCAUUGUAUGUCCAGGCGAGGCUGAGGGCAAAGUGGGCCAGACUCCUCCGACCCACAAUCCAGUUCUUCCUGGUGGCUUUUGCAGUGUACGUGGGCUACACCCGUGUGUCCGAUUACAAGCACCACUGGAGCGACGUUCUGGUGGGCUUCCUCCAAGGCGCUCUCAUUGCCAUCCUCAACGUGCGCCACGUGUCAGACUUAUUCAAGCAGGGUCCUUCCCACUGCUCCAGCCCAGACACGGUCGAGAGCGAGGAACUGGAGCGCCGCAAACCCAGCCUGCAGAUUGCAGAUGCAGAUCACAACAACCAUUACAGCUACCCAGGGCCUGUGUGAGAGGGGCCAACCCAGUCAACCACUCUCACAACAAGCUCCCACAAACCACUGGACUGACUGAGGGGGCUGCACACAUUACCAGAAUCCUCUAUGUCCUGGGUGCACCAGCGCAUGAGUGGGAGAGGACUUUUAUAUUGAGACAUUGUGGUUGAUGUUCACUAGUUUCUUAGUAUAUUCGUCUCAGAAGUUUUUAUGUUGCUUUUUUUAACACAAUAGAUUAGGUAAGAGUACCAAACAUUCAGAUAAGAAAAAAAGACCAUUCUCAGAAGAGAAGAUUUCUAGAUGAGUCCCAUUUUAGUGCACCUUUAGUCAUAUGAGUAAUCUGAACUUCAGUGGGAGUUUGGGAUUGAUAUGUUGAUUGUUUCACCUAUGUGAAAUGGACUGCAGAGAUGUAGAAAUGUUGAUGUUGAUUGUGUUAGCUUGAUAUACCACUAGAUGACAAACAAUCAAUGCAAACGUUUGGCAUAAAGAUUUUAGAAAUUGAAAAUGAGAAAUUCUGCUUUUAGCUGUGCACAUUCUGGCAUCAAUCACUCAAUUUUUUUAAUUGAAAAAAUCAAUGUUUUAACAGUAACAUUGCUCCUUGAAGGUAUUUGGACAGUGCCUAUUCAUUUUUAUUUUAUAGAUGACUUUAUUCACAAGGUCAGAAAUGUCUAUAAUGCCAGCACUGUUAAGGUAUUGUGCAAUCACAAUCACCCCUGUUAGCCACUAUGAGCCACAAAUACUGUAUUUGCUAAUAUUAUGGCAUUUUUCUUUUUUCAAGUAUGUUAUUUUUUUCUGUGGCCCAUAUCAAACCAGUGCCUUCUUGGACUAAUGCCCUUUAGGAUUGACACAAAUGGAUCAGAUUCCAAGUUUACAACACAAACCAGAUGCCUUAACAUGAGCCUUUAAGAGUUGUAAUGAUACAGCUUACCAUUCGAGUCAUUUGUGGCAAGCUGGUAUAAUGCUCUAUGCAAAGUUCAAGGAUUUUUCCUUUCUUGUUUGGACUGCUGGGGCUAAUUUGUGAAGAAAUGCUUCUGUACAGUGACUAUGUCAGGCUUGGCCCUGCUUGGCACAGGAGGACUGAUAACAGAUCAGUCAGCUCUGGCAGAGAGAGGCUUACCUCUGGUAGUAAUUGUGAGGCUCAGAGAGCUGACUCAGAGCUGGCCUGUGACUGUUGAAUGGCAAGGUACUCAGAGGGGCCUCCUGCUAAGACGCAGGUCCUACGGACUUCAAGAGAUUUAAAGACUUUUCUUUGAAUUCCAUAAAUGAUAAGCACCUGGAGCAGCUUCAGUGAAGUGUUGUUGUUGCGUAACGUCUCACCUGUGUAUUACUGAAUUCCCCCAGCCCAAAUUUACCCAUGAAGCAAUAGUAUCACAAUGUUAUGGGGUUUGAGUUUCCUCCAGGUUUUCAUCAUAAAAGGCCUUGUUCUGGGUGGUGUGUGUUUCAUAUGUAAUAAUACUAUUCCUGGCCUGCUGGGUGGUGCAUUGGUCUAGGGCAGCGCUAGCUGUGCACGCAAACCAAGGUCGCCAGGUGCACGAUGCGGCUGGCUUCCGGGUUGGAUGCGCGCUGUGUUAAGAAGCAGUGCGGCUUGGUUGGGUUGUUGUUGUGUUUCGGAGGACGCAUGGCUUUCGACCUUCGUCUC